AUGUCCCCUACUCUUCCCCCCGAGCUCGUCUCGAAUAUCCUCAGUCAUGUCGCCCCUCUCUGGCACUGGCGCCUCCGUGCCCUAUGGAAAAAUAACCGUGAACGGAUCACGGCGGAGAACGACGUCCGCUGGUUUCUGAGGAUUAGGGGUGUUUGUCGGAUGUUUGAUGAGUGCGUGAUCGAUCAUAUUUUGGCUGCGAUCCGUAACGGGAAGUUUGAUCCGGAUUUACCGAUUCGGCGCGGGCCAGGGACUCGGUCAAUGAGGGAGUUUGUCGGGAGGUUAUUCAAGAGUUUGAUUCGUCAUUGUGAGAAUGGGGAUGGGGUUGGGAGUGCGUACCCGAUUGUUCGAUCAACUGUGCAAGGUGUUGAGUUGAGUGUGAAUUUCUUGUCCAACGAGGAUUAUUCGCCUACCGGCGGGAGUGGUUCUGGUACAGUAGGCGUGGGAGAAUUACGGGAGAUGCACACAGAGGCGAUGGUCUCCAUCGUUGUUGGGACUCUCGGCCCAGAUUUGAUGAUUAGGCUUCUAGAAAACAGCCACGGGAAUGGGAACGAUCCAGAGGCCAACCUCAAUGAUGAGGAACAAGGGUGGCGCGUUGCUGCACUUAUGGCAGCUGCGUACUUGGGCCGGAUUGAAGAUAUAAAGAAAAUUCUGGCACUCGGGGUAGCCGUGAAGCCAGACCCGGGGGAUGGGUGGCUCCAUCCGCCCGUCAUGGCGGCGGCGUUGGCUGGACGGGUGGACGUACUUGAAUUCCUGGUCACGCAGGGCGCGGAUCUGCACAAACUGACUGUUGCCGACGGGGAUAAUGCGGUGCAUUUUGCGGCUUUGGGCGGGCAUGCCGGGGUUGUUGAGUGGUUGUUAGAGAAGGGAGUGGAUGGGGACGUUGUGAAUAAAAAGGGGGAUACGCCGCUUCUGCGAGCAGCCGGGGCGGGAUAUGCGGAUGUUGUGCGGGUUCUUCUUGCUGAGGAAGGGGUGAGGGCUAAUACUCAGGAUCGGCUGGGGAGGGCGCCUCUGAUUUGGGCGGUUGAGAGAGGGUAUGAGGAUGUGGUGGAGGCGUUACUAUCUUGUGAACGAGUGGAUGUGAAUAUUGCAGAUGGAGAUGGGGAUGCCAACCCAAUAACGCCGUUGGUUCUGGCUGCUGCGACGGGGCAUGAGAAUAUCUUCAGGUCUCUACUUGCGCAUCCUAGAGUUCACAUCUGGGUGCCUACAAUCUUCAGACGAGUGAUCACAGGCGGCAACGUCAAUAUCCUCAAAGCGAUGAUCGCCUUGACGAUGGGCACGGAGCUGCAAAAGUAUUUUCUGGAUGGUAAUGCACUCCUUCUCGCCGCAGAGCUCGGAACCGAAGAAGUUCUCCGAUACCUACUUUCCUUUGGCGAAGUCGACAUAAACUACCGUGACAACUCUGGAGCGACGUCAGGCAUGACACUGCUCGACGCCGCCAUCCUCUCCAACAGUGUCGGCCACGUCAACGCCAUUCUUGAACAUCCAGACCUAAACAUGAGCCUCAUCACGGCACCAGAUAGAGCCCAACUAUCGCCACUCCAUAUUGCAGCACAGCAGGACCCGCUGGAUGCAGGUAUCGUAGCUGCGCUGGUCGCGCACCCCGAUAUCGACGUGAAUGCGCGAGACCUAUACCAACGGACGCCGCUUGCGUACGCUGCUGUCGCCGGCCAGACGCAGAUGGUUAACAUCCUUGUUGCGCGGCAGGGUAUAGAUGUAUCCCCCGUCGACCGUUGGGGAAUGACACCACUGCACUACGCCGCUGAGAAUGGACAUCUGAAUGUCGUGAGAAUACUUCUUGAUGCCCCCGGGACUAACGUAUGGCACACGAGCAUAUACGAUAAGACCCCGCUGGCGCUUGCGGCUGGAAGAGCAUACCUUGAUAUCGUGAAGUUAUUGCUGGAUUCGAGGCAGGAGGUCCCCGGGGAUGCAGUGUGGAAGGCUCUGAGCUCUGCGAGUAGUGCAAGGCCGAAGUUUCAGCUUGGGUUGGAGACUUUGCAGAGUCGUGGUGAGGGGAUUUCAGUCAAGGAUAGGUUACUGAGGGACACAUAUGCGCGGCGUUUGGAAGAGGUGCGUGAGAUAAUGUUAUUAUUCUGUGAUCUUUUGGAGCGUGGAAGUUAG